UGUGGUCACACUGGAUGGACAGUGUUUUAAGAUAUUUUGAAAUUAAUUUUAAAAUCAAAUGGCGAAGUGGUUUUCUCAGAACUCCCGGAUCCGAUUGAUUCACAUUGAGAGUCCUCCGGAGAUCAUCCGUUUCUCCUACCUGGAAACCAAAUUCGGCCGGAUGAUGAUGGGCGUUAUUAAUCCAUUUACAGUGGAUUCGAAAGACCAAGUCGCAGUUUGCUUACUUCACUUUGUGGAUAAGGAUGUCGCAAAAACCUAUGACGAAGUACGGCAACGGUGGCCGAAAUCUCUCCUCCAAAAGGACGAAGCUUCCGUCCAGUUGGUCGCGGAAAAACUCUUUGAGGGCGACAAGGAGAACUCGGAGGUGGUUCCAAUCGCCAUCCUGGGCACCGAAUUUCAGAAGUCCGUAUGGUCAGCUCUUGUGGAUCUGAAAAGUGCCGAGACAUACACCUAUUCCCAACUGGCCGAUCGCAUGGGCUGUCCCAAAGCUAUCAGGGCAGUGGCCAACGCCGUGGCAAAAAACGAGGUAGCCAUCCUCAUUCCUUGCCACCGGAUUGUGUCCCAAAGUGGAGCACACAAGUACCACUGGGGUGCAGCCCUCAAGCAGCAGCUCCUAGCCUUCGAAAAGAACUUGAAAUAUUAAAAAUUGUUACUUGUAUCUUUAUUGAAACUCA